UCCGCCUCUCCCGCCGCAGCUCCCAGUCCUGGAGCGCCGCUCGGCUGCCAGAAGGAAGCCGCCACCUGCUCCGGUGCGGAGUUGGUCCUCGCUGUGCGCCGAGAAGGGAGAGCAGCCGCCCCGCUGCCCGUGCCCGGGACGUUACCACUGCUCCCGCUACCGAGGGAAAACUGCCGCCGCCGCCCGGUUUCGGAAGGGGAAGAAAUCACAGCUCCUCUCUGCUGUGAGACGGAAGAGCCGCUGAAGGCGCGCCUCUCCGCCGCUGCCUCCCGGUCCCGCCGCGGGCAGGCGGGAUGAUGGAGCCCCCCGCCGCUGCCUGCGCCUCCUGCCGCCGCCACCCGCUGCCGCCGCCGCUGCUCUGCCUCCUGAUCGCAGCCCUCUGCCUGCCGCAAGCUCUGGGAUUGUACACAGUAAACGCAGUGUAUGGAGACACUAUCACUAUGCCUUGUCGUCUAGAAGUACCAGAUGGUCUUAUGUUUGGCAAAUGGAAAUAUGAAAUGCCAAAUGAAUCUCCAGUAUUUAUUGCCUUCAGAUCGUCAACAAAGAAAAAUGUGCAGUAUGACGACGUGCCAGACUACAAAGACAGGUUGAGUCUCUCAGAAAACUUCACAUUAUCCAUCAGGAAUGCCAGAAUCAGCGACGAGAAGAGAUUUGUGUGUAUGCUGGUUACGGAGGAUGAUGUCUCCGAAGAGCCAACGUUAGUCAAAGUCUUCAAACAACCCUCUCAACCAGAAAUCUUACAUCAAGCAGACUUCUUAGAAACAGAGAAGCUACAAAUGCUUGGGGAGUGUGUUUCCAGAGACAGUUACCCUGAAGGCAACGUUACAUGGUACAGGAAUGGGAGACUCCUGCAGCCUUUGGAAGAAGCUGUGGUCAUAGAUUUGCAAAAGAGUGUGAACAGAACAACUGGACUCUUCACCAUGACAUCAUCUCUCCAGUACAUGCCAAAGAAGGAAGAUGCAAAUGCCAGGUUUUCUUGCAUGGUGACCUAUUAUGGACCAUCUGGCCAGAAAACAAUACAGUCUGAACCAGUUGUCUUCGAUGUUCACUAUCCAACAGAGAAGGUGACUAUUGAAGUGCUGCCACAAAGCAGCACCAUUAAAGAAGGCGAUAACAUCACUCUGAAGUGCUCAGGAAACGGCAACCCUCCUCCGCAGGAGUUCUUGUUUUACAUUCCUGGAGAAACAGAAGGUAUAAGGAGCUCAGAUACUUACAUGAUGACAGAUGUGAGACGAAAUGCAACAGGAGAAUACAAGUGCUCUCUGAUUGACAAAAGCAUGAUGGACUCAACCACCAUCACUGUACACUAUUUGGAUUUGCAGCUUACUCCUAGUGGCGAAGUCACCAAACAGAUUGGCGAGGCCCUGCCUGUGUCAUGCACGAUUUCUUCCAGCAGAAAUGCAACUGUGUUUUGGAUAAAGGACAAUACCAGAAUGCAAACAAGUCCAUCAUUUUCAAGUCUUCAAUAUCAGGAUGCUGGAAACUACAUCUGUGAAACUACUCUGCAGGAAGUGGAGGGGUUAAAGAAAAGAAAGACACUUAAACUUAUUGUGGAAGGAAAACCUCAAAUCAAAAUGACAAAGAAAACCAACACAAAUAAAAUGUCUAAAACAAUUGUCUGUCAUGUGGAGGGUUUCCCCAAACCUGCAGUGCAAUGGACAGUUACUGGUAGUGGAAGCAUCAUCAAUAAAACAGAGGAGACCAAAUAUGUUAAUGGAAGAUUUUCCAGUAAAAUUGUAAUUGCUCCUGAGGAAAAUGUGACUUUGACUUGCAUUGCAGAAAAUGAGCUCGAAAGGACUGUGACCUCCCUCAAUGUCUCUGCUAUAAGCAUUCCAGAGUACGAUGAACCAGAGGACAGAAGCGAUGACAACAGUGAAAAGGUUAAUGACCAGGCAAAGCUAAUAGUGGGGAUUGUAGUCGGUCUUCUGCUGGUGGCUCUGGUUGCAGGUGUCGUCUACUGGCUCUACGUGAAGAAAUCAAAUGACACCAAAGGGGAGUGUGAGAAGGCAGCAGCACAGAACUUUCCAAGUCUGCCGAGGACAGCAUCAAAACAUGUAGACAAAGAUCUUGGAAAUAUAGAAGAAAACAAAAAGCUAGAAGAAAACAAUCAUAAAUCUGAAACUUAAGACACUGUCUCAGUCGUCAUUCCAGCGAACACACAUAGACCAAUUUGAAGCAUGAACGUGGAUUGUAUUUAAACACACGCAGAGACGCGACAGCUAUUCAUGGUUCGAGUAUUAAACGGAUCCAUACUACCAAGUUUUCCAAGGAUUUUAGACAAAACAAAAUUAUCUCAAGCUACAAAAUAA